UGCCGCUGCCUGCCGCCCAUGGUCUCACUAACCGCGUGCUGAUUUUUCGUCGCGCCUUUUCAGAAAUUGCCCGACGAGAUAAAGUGCCCGAUGAUUGAUGUUGGGACGGUGUGCCGUCCAUUUUAUGCGGCGAUUGUUUCUAAAAACAAGCACACGGGCAUUUUUACUAUAAAUGUAGGCGUAACUCCAGUCGGUUGCUUGCCGCACGCAAUAGUGGUGGAGGGCAUGAAACUACGAAAAAGGGGUAUCAGCAACAAAAACGAUGUGCACAAUUCGGACAGUGACAUGUUGGCUGAUGACAGUGACCACCUGUCCAACGACAGCGGGCACGAUGUAGGCCGGCCUCGGAAUGGCGAUGUGGAUCUCGAGCUGAAGCGGCAGCGGAACCGCGAUGCAGCCGCACGACACCGGCUGCGGCAGCAGCGGAGACUCGACGGGCUGGCAAAGAAAGAGGAGAUCUUGCGGCAGCAAGUGGAAGAGAUCCAGCUGGAAAUCAACACAAUGCGUAGCGGGCGACUGGGGCUACCGGUGCCAUCCUAGGGACCGAUUCACAGACACGGUUCUUCGAGCUGAGCAGCAGUGUCGGCGAGCUGAAGAAGGCACUAACAAAGCAUGCGCAGGACUGCCUG